GUUUUUUAUUACAUUCUUUACUGUUGAACAAACAACACGUUUUACAAAACAAUAAAUACUUUGUGAAUAAUUUGUGAGUGAAAAUUAUAAAUAUGUCGGAAUUAAUGUUAGCUUUUGAGAAAGAAGCGGUCAAUCGUCAACACGAUGUGGCAAAUAUCAUCGCGAGCGGAGCUUCCAGCGUGGAGAAGUUUUACUCCGGUACCAAUGUGUUCGUUACCUGUGGCUCCGGCUUCCUCGGGAAACAACUGCUCGAGAAAUUAUUUAGAUGCUGUAACGUGAAUAAAGUUUAUUUAUUACUGCGAGCAAAAAAGGGAAAAACUGCACAGCAGCGAGUUAAGGAGAUUCUACAAGACCCGGUAUUUGAUAGUUUGCACAAUCGAAAGGCAAAGUUUGCGGACAAUGUAUUAGCAGUUUCUGGUGACGUCAGCGAAGUGAAGCUUGGACUAAGCGCGUCUGAUUGGGAGCUUAUUACAGGACAGGUGAACAUAAUAUUCCAUACAGCAGCUACGGUGAACUUUAAUGAGAGUAUGAAAGUGGUUGCACUGACCAAUGUUAGAGGAACCAGGGAGAUAUUGCGGUUAGCUAAAUGUUGUAAAGAAUUAAGGUCUAUAGUUCACGUAUCCACAGCGUACAGUCACGCUACACACAGUCGAGUGGGGCGAGCUGUUAAGGAACAGUUUUACGAUAGUCCUGUACCACCAAAUGCCUUCAUAGAUUUGGCAGAAACUAUUGAUGAAAAUAAAUUAGAAAAUAUGAUGCAACAAGUAAAAGCGGAUUGGCCAAACGCUUAUUCCUUUUCAAAAGCACUCGGCGAAGAGAUUGUGCGUUCUGAAGCAGAAAAUUUACCUAUCUCUAUUGUUAGACCGGCAAUCGUUAUUUCUUCAUAUCGUGAGCCAUUGCCAGGAUGGAUUGAUCCGAUGAAUUCAUUGGGUCCCAGUGGACUUAUUUUGGGUUUGAUGACUGGUAUUAUUCACGUGUUGAGAACGCGUCAAAAUAUCGUGCUGAGCUUGGUGCCGGCUGACCUGGUCACCAACACGACGCUCGUCGCCGCCUGUGAGACCGCCAAGGCACAAACCAAUAAAGGCAACAUCAAAAUUUACAACAUAACGAAUAAUCGCAACCCGUUAUUAUGGUCGGAACUUGGCAAUGUUCUUGAGACUUUUGGAAGGAAAUUAAUUACAUCACGAGCGAUUUGGUAUUGCUUUACUAUACAAACUACGCAUAAAUUCUUGUUUACAAUUCUAUUCUGGCUCUUACAUUAUGUACCUGCAUUCAUCGUGGAUACUGCUUGCAGACUCACAAACAGGCGUCCAAUAUUAUUAAAUAUUUAUGAAAAAGUAAAUAAAUUGACAUCGGCAUUGGAUUUCUUUACUAACAAUGAUUGGAAGUUUCAAGACGACAACACUCUCAGUUUACACAAAAAUAUGUCGAUUAUUGAUAGAGAUAUUUUCAACUGUGACAUAGCAACAUUGGACCGUAGAGAAUGUAUAAAAGUAUGGACGUAUGGUAUUCGAAAGUACAUUAUCAAAGAAGUAGAUUUUCAACGUCAAGGGGAAAUCGAUAGAAAACAAUUUUUAUUAAAAAUAGCAACAUACUUUAUUUUCGGUAUUUAUAUUUAUUUGUUUUAUAUA